AUGCCCAGCAUCCCCUUCUUCGGCAGUCUCUUCAGUUCGUCGAGCUCUAGCAAGAUGUCUUAUCCGGACCAGCGGACAGAUGACGAGUGGCGGGCCGUCUUGAACAAAGAGCAGUUUAGAAUCCUGAGAGAAAAGGGCACGGAGCCCCCGGGAUCUGGCAAGUUUGACAAGACCUACCCUGAGACGGGCGUCUUUACGUGCGCCGGCUGCAAUGCUCCCCUGUACAAGGCCACGCACAAGUUCAAGUCGGGCUGUGGCUGGCCCGCCUACUUUGACAGCAUUCCCGGCGCCGUCACCCGCCACACCGACAACACUUUCGGCAUGGCCCGGACUGAGAUUGUGUGCUCCAACUGCGGAGGACAUCUGGGCCACGUCUUCAAGGGAGAAGGCUACCCUACGCCCACUGACGAGCGUCACUGCGUCAACAGCGUCAGCCUGAGCUUUUCGCCCGAGGACCCUGUUGAAAAGUCCAGCUAG